CAAUUUAAAACCCAAACUCCCACAUCAUCUACAUCAGUGUGAACAACAACCACGACACACCAACUUCACAGCACAAUUGGACAUUCAGGUAGUUGGUAACAAAAAGACAUGAAACUUUUUCAGUUUAAACGCCCAGCACGCCCUGUUUCACCUCCUCUGUUAGAGGUAGACGAGAGGAUCAUACCAUGGGGUGAAAAAGAGCGAGACCGAGACCUGCAGCUUGUCAGAGAUUACAAGCCUCACAAAGAUGUCCAGCAUCUCAGAAUUAUGCUUUAUGGACCACCAGGUGCUGGAAAGUCCAGCUUCAUCAACUCUGUGGACAGUACUUUAAGAGGCAAAAUCGCAACUCGAGCUUCAGCAGACGCAACCUCUGGUGUCAGUUUCACUAAUGCAUACAGGACAUAUAAAAUUCACAGAGAAAAUCCAAGAACCUUUUAUCCUUUUGCAUUCAAUGACACCAUGGGCCUGGAGAGGGGCGCUGAGGGAGGAAUUCUUGUGGAAGACAUCAAACUUGCCAUGAGUGGACAUGUAAAAGAAGGUUACAGGUUCAACCCCAAAUGUCACUUGUUUGAAACGGAUCCUGACUACAACAGUUCUCCUACUUUAGAUGACAAAGUCCACAUUCUGGUUUUAGUCAUUCCAGCUGACACAGUGAGCAUAAUCAGUGUUGAAACUCGGAGGAAGAUGAAAGAAGUCAGAGCAGCAGCUCGUGACAAAG